GUGGACUUCAUCAAACUUAAGAAUCACCCUCGCAAUCACUCCUCAACCCGCCAACACGCGCUUCACGGUCCCGGCUGGCCUCGUUCACAUUCACAUACAGCUCUGUACAUCCGACUCAGCGUCAACGACAUUACUUUCUCCCAAAUCCCAUCGUCCCCCCUCAUCCGCAUCUCACAAGCGCUGCACGCGACGGUAUUCAGAUCUAUAGCUCACUACUCCAAUUAACGCUCUCAAACAAGCUCGUGGACAGAGACUAAAGCAUGGCAUAUUACGUCGACCGCUCUUCCCAAACUACCAUUGCCGGUCUCACAAAGCAUCCUUUAGCCUUCCCUCCUGUCCUCUCUUACACCGACGCGACCACUCCCCCGGAUGAUAUGCCUUCCAAGCAGCUUCAACUCGCCACCCACGGCACACCUGCGAUAACAAAGACGGCCAUAGCAGAUCAGAAUACGUCUCCGAGCCGGCUCCUGCGUCGAAAAAGGCGUCCUCCACUUGUCGCUCGCAUCUCGCGGCAGGCCUUGGAGGUGGAUGCCGAGGGUCCUCGGUCACCGCCUCCUACCGAGACGGUCCUGUCGCCUCUGCCCGCUGCCAACACGCUCCACGCUGGGCAUACUCCAAUAUUUCCUCGCUCCCUAUCCCCACUACACGACCAAGAGGAUAACAGCGGUCCAUCGACGCCGGAGCAAGAGGGCGUCUUGACAGGGCCAUUGACUCUGCCGGCUCAGCCAGGGCAUGGCCUUGACGACCGCAUCGAGUUGAGGGUUCUUGACGCCGAGUUAGAGAAGAUCGCGAAGGAGCAAGGCAUCAGCCCUCUGCGUAAUGGGCCACGAUCCACUCACAGUCAGCACGCUGAAAACGGCGGCCAGAGCAGUCUCAAGGGGUCUGGGGAGAACCGCAGGAGGCCUUCAGCGGACGACGCUGAGGUUGUUGAUGGCGUUAUUCUCAAGAAGCCGAGAAUGAAUCUCGGCGCCCCAUUGGGCCAGGUCUAGAACGGUUGCCACAUCGUUUCGACAUUUGCAUGGUUUUGUUUCCACGUGGGUUUACGCGGUUGGCGUUUGACUUCUAGAUCACGGUUCGGAAAAUGGGAAACUUGGGUUGGUUAGUCCCGGGAAGGGAAAUGGGACGAUACCCAUGAUUUCCUCAUUGAAAAGGCGGGUUCUGCUUCGGGAACCACUCCAAGGUUCGGCCACACAAAGGUAUAAAUGUUACGUAGCAUCAUUGUUGGACAGAUGAAUCUGCAGCUAUUAUACUUUCUUUGCUGCGUUUGUAUGUAUAAUUCAUAUAGCUGGAUAUGUAAACCCAACCAGUGGAGUCAAUCAAGCUGUGCAUG